UAAAUGACAAGUGCGCUGCUGCACACAGUCUUGCAUAUAAACGUGAGAUGUAUAGAUUCUAUAGAAACAAAUCGAUUUUUUCAUUCUUAAGUGCCGUGUGUACUAAUUUCUAAUUGAUCACAAGAAAACACAACAAGCACAUUUUAUGUGGCAAAUUUUUCGACAAUUUUUGUUUGUUUGUUUGUUUGUUCGAAUGUGUGAUACGCAAUUUGUAUAACUUCAAUUUUUCUCGACGAAUUCAUUGAGAUUCACAAAUAAAAUACACAAAGUGGACCAAAAUUACGAAGACUUUGGAAACACAUCAUUUAGAUAUAUACAUAAAAAUAUAGUGUGUGCCAACUGUAUCCAUGUGUAUGGGAAAUGUAUUUGACUCAUUGUGUGUUUGUUUUUCUAUUUUCACAAAAGCUUGUUCAAAAUGAAUAUAUGCAGAGCUUCUUUUAGCUAAAUAUCAACAAAAUACAAUCGAGAAAAAAAGAAGAAAAUAACACGCUAUAAAAGUGAGUGAUUGGGAUACUAUUCACCGUAAAAGGCGAUCAUAUAGUGCCGUGUUAAUCUAGUGAAUGCCGAAUUUAAAAUGGUCGAAUCAUCUGGAUUAUUAAUGACUCGCAAUAAUCCAAUGGACGGAAUGUCAACUGGUGCGGGCACUGGAAUCAAUUCAAACGGAGCUGCAACGGUAAUGAUUGGUGCGACCGGUACAACAAGAUGUGGUAUGCUCGAAACAUUUGUACGGGGUGCAUGGUAUCGAGUAACCGUAACACUUGAAUCGGACUAUUUAUCGGUUAGCUUGGACGAAACAUGUGAACCGAUCGAUCAAACUACCACAUUAAACGGAACAUUGGGAAGCAAUCACAGUGGAAAUAAUGGAUCAAGCGGUUCACUACCAUCGUCAGGUAUUGGAAAUGGUGUUUCAUCAUUAAAUUCCGAAGAAACUAGCAACAGUGAAUACUUAAAUAUUAAUAAUAAUUCAGCAGACAAUAGUUCCGGAGCUGAAGUAUGCGAUGCACCUUAUGAAAUAGCAAAUCAAAAAAGACAUGUGCGAAUAACCAAAGUGGAUAAUAGUGGUUUAGGAAUUUCUAUAAAGGGCGGCAGAGAAAAUCGAAUGCCAAUUUUAAUAUCAAAAAUAUUUCAAGGAAUGGCUGCUGAUAAAGCGAAAGCAUUGUACGUAGGCGAUGCAAUAUUAUCGGUAAAUGGUGAAGAAUUACGUGAUGCAACGCACGAAGAGGCCGUUCGUGCAUUGAAACGAGCUGGACGGGUUGUCGAUUUAGAAGUUAAGUUUUUGCAAGAAGUGACACCAUAUUUUCGGAAAGCAAGCAUUAUAUCGGAGGUUGGAUGGGAGUUAAGUAAAGCCUUUCUGUGUCCGUUGAUUAAUCCAAAUGGUUCAAAUAUGCUGAACACAUCAUCGAAAUCAAUGUCACCACCAUCGGCACCAAAAAGUCCGCCACGGGCCGAUACACGCUACAUACCAUUACAACUGACACAUUUAGCACGAAAUCUCAAAUAUCAUGAUCCAGAAAAUCGUUGCAUCGAACUUCAUUCGCCGGAUGGAAUACAUUCGUGCAUUUUACGUGCUGGGGAUUCACAAGAGGCAUUGGCAUGGUUCAAUGCAUUGCAUUCGGCAAUUGCACGUAGUGCACAGCGAGCAUUAGUUGAUGCAAACCGGGCUCUCUCCAAUCUUAUUGGCGAAUUGAAGCAUAUCGGCUGGUUGAGUCGUCGAGUCGGAAACGAACAGCAAAACGGUCAAUCGAGUUCGGAGAGUUCAGAUGAUUUGGAUCGGUGGUUGGCCGUCUUCGUUGCCAUCACCGACCGUGAAUUGCGGAUAUAUGAGAGUGCGCCGUGGUCAAUGGAAGCAUGGAAUCAACCGGUUGAAAAUUCACCAUUAGCGUCAACACGAUUGGCCGGAACGGGCAACAAUUCAACCGUUAAUUCAAGCUCGCAAAAUCAAUCGACGGUAUUUUGUGUGCGAUGUGGUACACCACGUGGUAUAAUAACACAUUGGUUUCGAUCUGAAACACAUCGUGAUAUGGCUGCUUGGGCUCGAGCGUUGGUACAAGGCAGUCACAAUGCCAUCAACUAUCAACGAGAAUUUUCAUUCAGAUGUUUAUAUCAGAAUCGACCAUGUCAGUUGUUGGUGAAUUUGGAUCGUGGAUUUUCAUUGGUUGAUAGUAGUUUGGGAUCGCCAGCAAAAACGAUUUGGUCAUAUACAUUUGAGAAGCUCAAAUCAUCUGCUGAUGAUGGCAAUCGAAUGCUGUUUUUGGACUUUGGCGGUGACGAAGGCGAAAUUGAGCUCGAUAUGGAAUGCUGCCCAAAGCCGGUUGUAUUCGUCUUACACAAUUGUUUGUCAGCUAAAGUGCAUUCGCUUACAUAAUCUGGACUGAUUGGAGAAAUUUAUGAAUUUCGAUCGAGCACUAGUUAAACACAAAUUCAAAAGAAUUCUCUCUAAAGAUCUAUUCUCUCGUGAUAACCACAAAACUAAUUUAAGAUUUAUACAAAUUGUUUUUUUUUUCUGUUCAUUUCAAUGGAUAAUGUAUCGCCGAUUAUUUGCAUUUUUCUUUUGAUCAUUUGAAAUUCAUCAAUAAUGUUGCGGUAUUUUGUUUAUGUGCAUGCACUGUUUAUAAUAAUGCACAUUACAUAUUACACGCACAUUGUGACAUUCACAAUUCCAUUUUGUUGUGAGUUAAUGCGGUGAUCGGUCAUGUAAACAAAAUAUAUUCCAUUGACACACGGUUUUCUUUUUUCUUCAACUAAAUGUUUUUAUACAAGCGAAAAGUUACUACAAAAAACAAACAUAGCAAUAAUAUUUUCAAAUCGACCAUGGUGUUUAUUCAAUCAAAAACAAUAUCAAAUAAACCAAAUCGAAAAUAUCUCGUACAUAUUUCGCAAAUAAUCUCUUAUAACAUCUUUAUCCGUACAUAUCUUUUACAACACGGUCUUUAAAUAAUGAAAAGAUGAAGAAAAACAACAAUAUACAUAAUAUAUAAGUGACGGACAAAUUUCUAUUGUUAUUAAAACUCAAAGAAUAUAGAUACAUACACACACACACACCGAAAAGAAAAUAGACUCACACACAUACAACCAUUUGAGAAUGUCAAUCAAAAAUUUAUUGAGACUUAUUGAUGAAAUGAAUUUAACUUGCGGAGAGGAAAAAAAAAGCAGUCGGACAAUGUUUGAACUCUAAUUAAAUGCAAUUGCAUUUACAUUGCAUUGUAUUGAAUUCCUUGGCUAUUGAUCGAGUUGAAACUAUGUACAUAUUGACGCGCCAGCACUUUCACUUUAUUAGACUGUAUUACUGGACUUGACCAAUAAUAUAAAAUCGAUAAAUUUCAUCGAAAAUAUUUGAAAUUCCGGACAUUGCAAACGAUGUAGAUAAUAUACCCUUAUAUAUGUAUCAAUCAAUUCGAAUUGAAUUAGAACGAUACGGAAUGCAAACCGUUGCAAUGAGCAUAAACAUCAAAUUAAAUGCCAUUUGAUUAACUUAAUAACAAUGUCUUGUUCAUUUUGAUACACACAUUGCGACAUCGAAGAGUCGUUGAAAUGUUCAAUCAAAAUUCUAAUUGAAUUCAAUUCAAUUAUGGUGCAGCUAAAUUUCAAUGCAUCCAAAUGCAAGCACAUCCAUAAUUAAUAAUUUUAAAUUAUUAAUUUGUGAUAAGGGCUUACAGAAUUUUGACACGUCUUCAAGCGCAAAAAAUAUUUCAUCACAGAAAAAAACCCGUCAAGACAAUGCAAUGUAAUUGAUAGAAUUCGCCACCGAGCAAGUAAAGACAAAAUUAAGGUACAAUUACAAAACAUAUGAAAUGUAGAUUUUUAUAUAAACUCUUUUACUAUCAUACUUUUUCUAACAAAAAAAAAGGCAUCUCGAAAAUAAAAAUGACAAGUGAACGUUUUUUUUUUCUAAAGAAAAACUAAAUCUUUGCAGAAUUGGCUGGUUCCUAUUUAGCUGAUUAAUUAACAAACCUAACAUAACUCAUUCUUUUUAAAAUUGCAUUCCUUUUUCUACUUUUCGUCAUCGUAUUACUUCGUCAUCUUUUGCAUUCACCGAAAUGCAUUUCCAAUGGAAUGCCAUUUCUUUUAUUCUAAGUGAAUCGAACUUUAUACAUUUAAAUUCAUAACUCUUUCACGAAAUUACGUUCAUUUCGGAAAGAUUUCUGCACAAUGAUAUCAAAAUUGUUUAUAUUAGCAUUAAAUUCCCUUCAUUUUUUUAAAACGUACAUUUUUCGAACGGUUUCUCUUCUUCUUUCUUACUCUCUCCCUCCCCUUGAACAUGUACAAAAAUAAAAUAUAUUUUAGCAAAUUAAUUAAAUAAAGUUAUUAAAUUGAAAUUACUAAUUUAAAGGAUACAGUAGUGCGAAUGAUCAAAAACAUAGGACAAACACAAAAUGAAAUAAAAUGUAAGCUUAGUAAAUGGAAAAUAAUGGAACAUGAAUUUAGUAUAGUCUUCUAGUUGAAUAUGAGAAGAUAAAUGAUGAUAAAACCAGAAACCAACCAAAAAAUUAGACAUACUCUCAUCUUAUAGACAAUUUUAAAUCUGAACGACAAACAUACAAAUUUAAUGAGAAAAAUGAAAUAAAAAAUUAUAACCAUUACAAACGGA